CUGUUUCCGUCCCCGCUUCAGCCGGUUCACCCUGGUCUCCCUCUGUGCCGUUGGCCUUUUGGUUCUCCUCUCCACUUUCCCCCGCACGCUCCUCAUGAACGCCGGAAAUUACAGACCGGAUGUCUCCAUAGACACAACCGUCACCCCAAACCCAAGAGCAGAGGUUCGCACAGAUAUGAAGGGGAAUCCUACAUCGUCCUUGACCUUUCUGUCAGACGCGAGGCGUGCUAUAAAUAGCGUGCAGAAAUACGUCAUCAGCAAGCUGCACAACUCUUCCCUGCGUCUCCAACACAUCAACUCCACGCCGGCGUCAAGGUCAAAGCACACGACAGACAGGAGCCUGAACACGCCCACACAGACCACGCUCCCCACUACGUCACAGGACGCUGGUGAGGACUUCACCACGUUCACAGACGAUGAUGUGCUGGGUUCCGACAACUCCUCCCGUAGCACUGGCGUCGAUGACGUCAGCAACAUGACAAGCACGGCCAGGCGGGGGCGGAAAGUGGUCAACCCGCACGACUUCCGCUACAUCCACCAGUCAGCUGACGUGUGCCGCGGCAGAGAGGUGGAGCUGGUUCUGGGCGCCCCCACCAGCGCCGACAACUUCCGGGGCCGCAAGACGAUCAGGGAGACGUGGGGCCAGUACGCCAAGAACCCGGAGCACCGGACAGCACUACUGUUCUUCUUGGGCCGGCCUAGAACCAAGUUCUUCCAGACCAGAAUCGACCAGGAGUCGGAGACGUUCGGCGAUAUCGUGCAGGAAGAUUUCCUGGACACCUACCGGAACUUGAGCCUGAAGAGCGUGGCGCUGAUGAAGUGGGUGAGCGAGUCGUGCCCCAACUCCACAUUCGUGCUCAAAGCGGACGACGACAUGUACAUCAACGUGCCACGACUGCUCAAAGACCUGCGCGCCCAGUACCAACGCACGCGCACCUUCAUCAUGGGCCAAAGCCACGCACGCUCCGCUGUCAUACGGGACAAGAAGAACAAGUGGUACGUGGCUUUGAGCCACUACCCCGGCCGGUACUUCCCCCACUACAUGUCCGGCUGCGCCUACUCACUGACCACCAGCGCCGCCAAGCGGAUCUACCAGGAGUCCCUCUACGUGCCGGACUUCUUCCUGGAGGAUGUCUACCUCACGGGCAUGCUGGCGCAGCGCACGUCCGUGCCGCUCAUCAACAACUGGAAGUUCAACGGCCAGAAGAUAGCCCCCAACGGCUGCAACUACCAGAAGAGGAUCAGCGGCCACAAGAACAGCAUGGAUGAGAUCAGGAAAAUACAUAAGGAGCUACAGGACCCCAACAUCGUCUGUUACUUUCAAAACGGAAGGAAAUAACGGCGAGACUAUCAUCAUUUGUUACUUUUACAACUGAAGGAAAUAAUUGUGAAAAUAUGAAUUGUUACUUUCAAAACGGAAGGAAAUAACCGUGGAAAUAUUAUCAUUUGUUACUUUCACAACUGAAGGGAAGAAUGGUGAAAACAUCAUGUUUUGUUACUUUCAAAACGGAAGGAAAUAACUGUGAACAUAUCGUCAGUUACUUUCAAAACUGAAGGGACUAGCGGUUGGAAAAAUCAUUAUUCAAUUUUGUUACAUUUACUAUUGAAGAAAAAAAACUGUCGAAAAAUCAUUUUUUUCUUAUCAUAACGAAAGGAAAAAAAUAUGUUUAAACUUUGAUAUCACUUGUUACUUUCACACUUAGAGGACUAACUGUUUAAAUACCAGUUGUUACUUUCACACAUACAUGACUAACAGUUUGAAUAUCAGUUGUUACACCGGUGUCUGUGGUGUAGUGGUUAGGCACUUCUUUCUCGCACAUAGGAGACCCGAGUUCAAUUCCCAAGAUUUGAGAAUUUUUUUAUUGAGUGUCUCAGUCUUUCUGCUGGGAUGUUGUAUCCCUCUCAGCCCGGAAUUGCCCUGUGGGGCAGAGUCUGAAGCCCACAACCUGAAUUAUCUAAACUAAAUUGUGUUGAUGACCGUGUAAAAACACUUACAUUCUAAAAAAAUGUAUUGUUAUCUUCAUACUGAGGGAAAUAACGGUCUAAAUAUUAUUUCUUACUUUUUCACCCAGAGAGAAAAACCAUCUAAAUAAUUAUUUAUUACUAUCACGCAUACAUGUAUGACGUUCAGAGUAGUGUUGUUGUUGUUAUUGUUGUUGAUGUUGUUGUUACUGUUGUUAGUGUUGUUGUUUUUGUUGAUGAUGACGAUGAUAAUGAUGAUGAUGAUGCUGUUGUUGAUGAUGUUGAUGUUGAUGUUGUUGCCCGCUGGCACUCUCUCGUUUGAUCUUGUCCUUGCACAAUUCUCUCACCACUCCCCUCAGAAAACAUUUUUAUUGUUGCUUCAGGUUUUCUUUCAUUGUCUUUGAUAUAAUUGUCCCGCAUUUACAGCUGUAUAGAAGUGUUUAGUACACAUAUUUACAGUUGUAUAGAAGGAUUUAGUACACAUAUUUACAGUUGUAUAGAAGCGUUUAGUACACGGAUUUACAGCUGCAUAGAAGCGGCGAGUACACAGAUUUACAGUACAGCUGUAUAGAAGCGUUUAGUACACUCAUAUUUACAGUUGUAUAGAAGCAUUGAGCCCAUUGAUUUACAGCUGUAUAGAAGCUUUGCGUACACAGAUUUACAGCUGUAUAGAAGCUUUGAGUACACAGAUUUACAGCUGUAUAGAAUGGUUGAGUAGAUUUACAGUACAGCUGUAUAGAAGCUUUGAGUACACAGAUUUACAGGUACAGCUGUAUAGAAACGUUGAGUAGAUUUACAGUACAGCUUUAUAGAAGCGUUGAGCAAUCAGAUUUACAGUACAGCUUUAUAGAAACGUUGAGUACACAUAUUUACAGUACGGCUGUAUAGAAGCGUUGAGCACAUAGAUUUACAAUUGAGCACACACGGCUUUCAGAACAAUAUUAUCGCGUGUCAUUGAGACGUUUCUGAUUGUCAGUCAGUUUUUGGUUACUGGUGGUCUUCGUUCUACGACUGCGCUACAUGUAGCGUUGGCCGCUAUGAUAGAUAUAUAUCCAAGAACAUAAUUUGAUCUGUUGAGAUUGUUUGAUAUUUUCACCAUUGCUCAUGAAACUAUUAUAUUUUUUUCCCAGGAGGCCCGAGUUCGAUUUCCGAGUGGGGGGAAACGUUUAUGAGUAUCUCGAUCUAUCUCUCCACAAGGACGUUGUAUCCCUCUCAGCACAAGUUGACCCUGACAGACAGGGUCGAAGCCCGC